UGCCGGGGCUGCGGCCUGGGGGCCCCGACCAGGGCCGCAGGGGCGGGGAGCUCGGACCCUGGCGCGGGGCGCGCGCGUUAAGUGGCGCCGCACGUGCGAAAGAAAUUCUGCUUUUCCCAGCGGCCGGGAGCCCUGCUCCGGAGGGAGCGCGCGCGGGUGGCCGCCGCGGCAGAGCGGGGUUAGCAAUCCGAAGCAAUGGGCGACUGGAGCUUUCUGGGGAAACUGUUAGAGAAUGCGCAAGAGCACUCCACGGUCAUCGGCAAGGUUUGGCUGACAGUGCUGUUCAUCUUCAGAAUCCUGGUGCUGGGAGCCGCGGCGGAGGAGGUGUGGGGAGACGAACAGUCAGACUUCACCUGUAACACACAGCAGCCAGGCUGCGAGAACGUCUGCUACGACAGAGCCUUUCCCAUCUCCCACAUCCGCUUCUGGGUGCUGCAGAUCAUCUUCGUGUCCACACCCACCCUCAUCUACCUGGGGCACGUGCUGCACCUUGUGCGCAUGGAAGAGAAGAAGAAGGAGAGGGAGGAAGAGCCACUGAAGGGAGACAACCUGCACCACGAGCCAGCUGGGCCGUGUGGGCUGAGCAGCGACAGCCAGGAUACGCCCCCGGUGCGGGAUGACCGGGGCAAGGUCAGAAUCGCUGGGGCCCUGCUUCGGACCUAUGUCUUCAACAUCAUCUUUAAGACGCUGUUUGAAGUGGGCUUCAUCGCCGGACAGUACUUUCUGUAUGGCUUUCAGCUGAAGCCACUCUACCGCUGUGACCGGUGGCCUUGCCCCAACACGGUGGACUGCUUUAUCUCCAGGCCCACGGAGAAGACCAUAUUCAUCAUCUUCAUGCUGGCAGUCGCCUGCUUGUCACUCUUACUCAACAUGCUGGAGAUCUACCACCUGGGCUGGAAGAAGUUUAAACAGGGAAUGACCAACCACUAUAGCCCAGACACCCCUGGAACCGGGAUGGGGGCCACAAAGCCGGAGGGUGUGACCCCACUCCACGUCCCCUCCAACUCUGCCCCUGCCACCGUUACCAUUGGAUUUCCGCCUUACUACGCUCACUCUGCCUCUUCCCUGGGACAGGCGAUGGCCACGGGCUAUCCCGGCGCCCCUCCACCACCAGCAGACUUCAAAAUGGUAGCCCUGUCUGAGGCACACAGGAAUGGCCACCCUGCCAAUUUCUGCAAUGGCAACCACCACCUGCUAAUGACAGAGCAGAACUGGGCCAACCAGGAGGCCGAGAAGCAGAGGUCUGUGAGGAAGGCCUCCCUGCCGGCGUCCACUUCUGCAUCUCUGACCCCUCCAGGCAGCCCCCAGCAGCUCCCUCAGUUGGGUGGAGCAGGAAGCAAAGCGCCUGCCCUGUUGGCGAAUGGCAAUGGCAGCCCCUUGGGAGAGAGUAAAUUGGAAGUGACUCCUGACGAGGAGGAGUGGGCAGUGACCACCGCGGUGGAGAUGCACGCACCUCCUUUGCCCCCUACAGAUCCUGGACGGUCAAGCAAGGCCAGUAAAUCCAGCGGCAGUCGGGCCAGGCCAGAUGACUUGGCCAUCUAGUGGUGGUCUCUCCAGACAGCUUUAUAAUAACCUUUUUUCUAGCAACCAAAACCAAGGUGUGGUUCACAUCAGCAGGUGGAGAGAGCCUGGAAGUGAGCGAGCUGGAGUCGGAGGGAGGGAGGAGGCCGGGCGAAGAGAGAAGGUUUCUGUGUGUCAGUGCUUGCUGUUCCUAACACUGUGGAGUAGAGUGGGGAGAAUAUCAGUGCUUUCUGAGAGGGGGCGGUGGGGCAAAGCAGGGUGCAGGUGCUGUUGGCUUUUAAAGAUAUUCACAGCAACCCAAGAGCCCAGAAACCUGGGUUGCCUUGGCAGGUGCUGCUAUGGGCCUUGACUGCUGCUGCCUCUGUGGUCGCUGUUGCGUGUGGGAGAGCAGUCGCUGCAUCUCGGGGCAGUUAGGUUUCUAUUCCCAAGCCCUGCAGAGCUCCGGGCGGCCCCGAAAACGGGGGCGCACUCAGCCCUAUCUCUCUGUUUGAUACUUUUUACUUUGAGUUGAAUUUCAUUUGGGAUAUUUGCCAAAAUGCACUAAAAAAAGAUUUAGAGCAAGUCUAUCUAGUGUCGUUUGAGUUUCUGAAAUGGCACGCGAAGCCCAGGAUAUCAGACCGCAGGCUUCAUGACAAGUGACAAUGCGCAGCUACCCUCCGGAGGCAGAGAUUCAGCGGGCAAGGGCACAGGGGUUGCUGGGAAGGAAGCAGGUGGAAAUGCAGCAACACGAGAUAAUUUUUAAAUAGCUGAGGAAAUUGAAAUAAAAGUAUGGCAGGUAUGCCUCAGGUAUUUGUUUUUAAAUGAUAGUUUGUGCUUUGAUCUGAAUUGUACAGGUAUUCCUAUUUUUGACCACUUUCUAUCUUUCAGGAAAAAUGAAAGAAAAACAGUACUGUUAAAAUGCAUACUGACAAAGAGAGGGCUAAUUUGUCCCAUUACAUAGUAGUAAAGAUUUCAACUUUCUUUUCAAAGAAAUUCUUCAAGCUCAUGCAUCAGCUAAUUACUGUGAGAAUGCAUUAUAUAAAAUAAGAGCAGGGAAAAAAUUUAAGUGCACUUCAAAUACUUGACGUUGUGAAGUUUUGAAUGGGAGGUAAAAAGGUAACUAGUGUUGCCAGAAAAAUUAUUUAUACUGAUGAGUCAAUGGCCUACAUUUUUUUUUAACAGUACAAACAGAACUCCUCAAGCUCCCAAACCAUUCUUUGUAGGCAGCUGUUUGCUCUCUCUCGAGUGUAAAUGAAAGUGUCUGGAUUUUCCUCCCGUGAGUGUCUGUGCUGGUGUCAGACGCCGCCCCGUCUGUCUCGGCACGGAUCGCUGUGGGGGAUGUAUGUGCGUGGGUGUGGCUGGAAGACGGCAGCAUUUCCUGUGUGGCACACUCUGCUGUGUCUCCAUCACUUUUUGUUUAUAGGCCAUGAGCAGUGGUAAUGCUGAGCCUGCCAUUGUCACACUUUUCACCUCCAACGUCUACUGAAUAGCGUCAGCCUUUAUUCAGCAUAACACUGUGCACUUUCCAAUUGGAUUCAUUUCUUUUUAUGAAUUUGAUUAUUUAUUUGGGGCCACACUCCACAGCAUACUUUGUAUUUUAUAUUGUAAAGAGUGACCCACAAACAAUCUGUUAAAAAGACCUCGACUUCCCAUGCUCGCAGUAACGUGUGCAGCUGAUUCAUCAGUGCCUUAUGCUCGAUGGAGAACGGACUGGACGAUCUCCUCGAGGUGAAGCAUGCUAACGUCCCAAACAUGUCUUUGCAGCCUUUCUCAAACAGAUUGACAGAGGGAGAAUUGAGCCCUAUGGAAAAUUAUUGGAGUGACGAUUUUCUUGAUUCUCCCUAGGCUAGUGCCUAACUAUGCCACUCUGAAUGCACAGGAGAGAAGUUAAUUCAUCACAUACAGUGGAUGCCUUUGUCUUCGGGCAGCAGGGUUUGUUCUCCUGGGUGAGAAGGGCCACUAGAAAGUCCUGAUGUGAAAAGCAUUCUGAUAGAAAAGCUUUGGUCCUUUUAGAAAAUGCAGGUGCCGCUGUCAGACAGCAAAGGUACAUACAACUCACUGAGUGGGUGUGAAUCCUUAGUUCUUUAGGUUCUAUCAUGAUAAAUGUUAAUAACGGUAAUAAGCUUCUUGUUUACUCAUGAUUUAAUUUUGAGUGGGGUUUGAGAUGAGAGUGAGAACUAUAAUUAUAUUUAGUUUUUACAUUUUAAAAUUGGAUUUUAUUCACCAUAUGUUCAUGAAGAUGCCAGUAUUAUGCAAUUGACCAUAGUCUGUUGGCCCAUUUAGUGCCUGGGUACAAGUGUAAAAUUAGAUCCCCCUACUUGAAAACCAUUAAUUUAUAAAGAAGUAACAUUUUCCAUACAACAGCGCCUAUAGUUUUUUUUCAGGUUGGUGCUCUGAGUUCAACUCCUGUAAAACCUGAAAGCAUGUCUCACAUUACGUUGCAAUUUGAGGUACUCACGGCCCUGAAGGCCGGCGCCCUGCCCCCUCACGGGCAUGUGGGCAGUGUGGAAGGUUGCUCUCUAUUUAACCAAUCAUUUUAAGCGUUGAAAUGUGCAAUAAAAAUAGAAAUUGCCUCUUCCUGUGGACAAGAUUCCAGAUAUAUUUUUUCUAGCCUGUUAAUUUUUUGGAAAUUCCACUGAAACUAUUUCUCUCUCAAUUUAAUAGAAAAUUUUUUCAAAUCUCUAAGCUUAUUUUGAAACUCUAAUGCUAUGCCUAUUAUUUUUACACACCUUAUUUUUUAAUCUGCAGUAUACUAGACAAUUAUUUUCUUCCAUCCAUGGUUCUAGAAGCCUAGUCACCCAGCCAACACUGCACGAUCCAUAAAUAGUUAUAAAACGUCAGCAUCGUGCACACCCAGUGCCCAAAUCCAUUUUAAAAAGCUCUAAAACAUUUCUUAUAGAAUCCCUCACUUUCUACUUUUUAAACUUUAUUUUGCUGUGAUUCUUUUUUUCCCCAAGAAAUUGACAAAAAUGAUACUUUAAGUUUAAAAAGAAAAAAGAGAAAGGGGAAAAGAGCAAGGUAGAAUAUUUGUGAUGUGUCCUGGCUUUCUUUGAUCUUUAGGUAGGCGGCUAGAUCAGAGGUUUCUUAUACAAAAAGGCCUAGAGAAGAACUAUGCAGACAAUUUAGACAUCCUUUUAGAAAAUCAACCUAAUGAGAUUUAGGUCUCUUUUCAGUUUAGGCUUUUUUUUUUUUUUUUUCCUGUUAACACUUUCCUUAAUUCUUUACUGAAUAAAGUUCUUUUUUCUGAAAUUUUUCUUUUAAACUUUUUCUUCUGAUAUUUGUAACAUUCAUUUAUGGAUCUCCACCAAAAUAAAUUCUUAUAGAGUAUUGCAAGCUUUCAAAAGGUAAAUGUUUUUGACAAAGGUCAGUAGAUUCCUGCCAACACCCCCCCCCCCCCCCCCCCCCCCCACCCCGGGAGUUCAGGACAUUCUAAAUAACUUUUAAAUACGACAUGUAGACAUUAAAGUCAAAAAAUGUAUUUCUCUUCCUACUUUUAUAUUACACUGCAAAGCUUAGGUUUACUCACUCUAAGAUUUUUUAUUGCCCAAAGGAUUUGGGUCAUAACGAGACUUUUUACGGUCAGUAGGAAUUUAAAUAACACUAAAGGCAGUGCAGUGUUUCUAGCACUAUAUUUGAAGAUGUUUGGUAUGUCAGUGUUAACUUUGAUCAUAAUCUUUACAAAACUCUGGCUAAAACUUUGUUUUUGUGCUAUAACACUAUCUUUCCUAGACUAAAUUAUAACUGAAAAUAAGUAUUUUAUAAGAUAAGUAAUAAAAAGUGGCCUUAAAUUUAAAUCACUAGUUCUGUAGUU